GAGACUACUGAGGCUUUUUUCUUUUAUAUCUCUUCCCAGGACAGGUAGACGUCUGCCCUCAGCACAGAAUUUCUGCCGUCAGUACAGUCAGUGUAUAAUGAAGACGCCGUUAUGGACUCUCCUGCUGAUGGGGCUGUUUGUCCCCGGACGUGGUGAAUGUCAGAGAGACUGUCUGUCCUGCAGCCAGACCCUUUCCAAAGACCACAACUUUGACAUACUGGUCUGUAUGGUGGAAUGUCGAAGAAGGGUUUCUCUGGGCAUCACAUGGGAGAGGUGUCAGACCAUCUUGGAGGAAAAACCUCUGGCAUCUUUGUCUGUCGGGAACUCGAUCCUGAAAAGAGCUGAGGAAGAAGUGGAAACAGUCCUACCACCGGAUCAGUCUGACGGAAGUCUGAUGUAUUCUGGAACCCUGCAAAAGUUUCACCAUAUGGCACGAGCUUUAGGUUUGGACGAACUUGACCAAGAGAAUCACCAAAUCUCCCAGUUUAGCGUGGCAGGUCAUGCUCAGUCUGCGCAGGAAGAACCCGACACAGGAGACUGGGAGAUAAAAAGUGACGAACCUGUGAACCUCAGCAAACGUUUCGGAGGAUUUCUGAAAAGCAAGUAUGGGUACAGGAAGUUCAUGGACCUCGGCCGGUCUGUGCAGAAAAGAUACGGAGGCUUCAUAGGCGUCCGGAAGUCAGCACGCAAGUGGAACAACCAGAAACGCUUCAGCGAAUUUCUAAAGCAGUACUUGGGCAUGACCACUCGAGCUAGCGAGUACAACAGCGUGUCCACUGACAUCACCCAACAAAACGAGGUGUGAACAUCACCCUUAGAGCUACACUUCCACUUCAUCUGUUAAUACACUUCCUAAUUUAACUUUAUAAAAUAAAAUUAAAAACACCUCUACAACAUAAUGGCAAAUGUCAGAGUCCAAUUGAAGUCAAGAACAUCGGUGAAUGGUCGAUAUCAUCUAACCCUAACCAUCUAAAUUAAGACAUUAAUCCAAUAAACGUUGAUAACGCUGGGACCACUUGGAAUGUGGUGUGCUAAUUAUCUCUGUCUGAAUCGGUCUACGUUGUAUGUAAUGCAUUAGUUAUCCUAUGUUUACACCAGCAAGUCUCUUAGAAUGCUCAUCAUUUGUCGCUAGUGGGCGUGGCUUGUCCAGCGUUCGUCUGUUUGUUUUAAACUCAGAUAAAACACACUAAUAUCUAUAUAUUGAUUAUACACUAACCUUAAUAAACACAAUAUACAUAACAGUAAUGAUGUUAAUAAUUGGUGAGAUCAAGCAAAGCAAAAGCAAAUUAGCAAAGCAAGCAAACGGUACUAGCUAUUUAUACUCAAUAGAGACAAUUGAUCUGUUGCAGUUCAACUUUAUUUUUCUUUGUGAUGUCUCUAUGCACAUUUAUUAAGUACUUGUUUAUAUUUAAAGGUACUAUUGAAUCCUGACUACUGAAUCUAUUGUUAUAAGGAUUUUUAAGAAGAUUCCUGUGUCGAAACAAUAAAUAUGAUGCGUGGAUGUGGCGCACGCUGUAGAAUUGACCCGAGUAUUCGUUAAAACGAAAUGUCAACUCAAUUUGCAGUGAAUUGAGAAAACAGAUCUCAUGUAGGAACUAAAUCACUUUGAUAUGUCGCUUGCUAGUGUGAAUAUCUGGUGCACUUCCAAAAUCACACUUCAAUAGGCUUAAAAAGUGUGCAAAGAAAGACGAGAGAGAUGCAAGAUACAGACAAGAAACAGUAACAGGGAAUAAGGAAAGUUUCAGGCGUGUUGAUUAAAGCCCGGACCCCUGACCACAACUGCAGAUGAUUAAAAUAGUAAUAUAAAUAAAUCAUUGAUGCUCUAACCUCUAACACUUCAUACAAAGGUCAUAAUUCUCACUUAAAACUCACUUACACUGUAAGUUAUUAUACACUGACAUAAUUACUGAUAAAAAUGAGGUAUACUUGACAGUUUUUAUUAAGAAGGGUCGAUGAAAUUUUCAAUUAAUUUUUACAGACUUCAUUUUAAAAGUCCUGCAUCGAAAUCGAAA